AUGGACAAGCUCUGGCCGCGUAAACCCAUCCAAGAAGUCCCCGUGCCAGGAAAAAUCUACUUCGUCCCAGACGGACGCUACUUCCCCUCCUCCAUCAUCUACGCCCAAAAGCAACAAGUCGGCUUCUUCCGGCACCCUAUCCUGAUCCUCGACGUCGACUCUACCAUCGCCAACUUCUACGCCAUGACCAAAGAGCCCCCCGCCGCCAUCCGCGACCUAAACAUGGCCAUGCGGCUCGGUACCAGCGCCGCAGACGAAGGCCCAGCCGUCCUCCGCCUCGCCCCCGGCUCAGACAUCAUGCUGCAAGAAACCUGGAUCAACCUCGAACAGCGCUUCUUCAUCGAAUGGCGCAACCUCGACGAAUGGGCCGUAAACGUCCAAGUCGACGCCGCCGACUUUUCGAAAAUCGCAAGCCGCGUGGCAGAGCUUGAAGCUCAGCAGAACCGCUUCAUAUACAAACCGCUCCUGCGCGCGAUGAAUGGUAUCCAACCGGGUAUGGUCAUCAUGCUGCCCAACCACCCCGGCUCCGCGACUUUCGGCGCUCCGAUCAUUGUUGUGGAGAAUGAUUAUCCGGACUUCAAGUACUUGCGUGUCAAGCGCUUUGAGGAUAACAUCAAUUUCAAUCCGGCUGCUAAGCGCACAAAGGGCAGUGAGCGCCGCAUGAGUCUGGCGAUAACCAAGACGCUGCGACUGGGACACGACGGCACGCCUGUGAUGCUUCUCGAGCCGGAGUCGCCGGCCAUGCGGGAGGAGUCGCCGGCUCGACACAUGUAG